UUGACCCAAAUGGGGUUUUCAAUUGCAGACAAUAAGCACUAAAAAAACCCUUCGAAGAAGAACCCUAAUAUCCACCAUCUCAAAGCUUACCAAGACGGCUGCUAUCGGGCUCAGCAAGAAGCUGGGUCUCAGAGGGUUUCGAUUCGAAGAAACGAGAACAACAACAACAAUGGCGUUCACUACUCCAACCAACACUUUCAAGAAACCCCCUUCUUAUUUAUGGUUUUGCCAUUCUUGCCCUCGUUCCACUACUUCUAUGGUAUCUUCUUCUUCUUCUUAUUCGCCUUCUUCUUGUCGGUCCGUCUGGAGUUCUUCUGAUUCCAAUAAACCCCUUUACAGGUUUCUAAGCGUUAUUGUGUGUAAAAGUGACCUUCUCAAACUUGUUAGAAGGUCAUGGACUUAUAAAGCCGUGUUAGAAGGUCGGUUAACAAAAGGGCCCAAAUGGUAUCGUAGUAGUAGCUCAUUAAGGUGGCAAAGUCAAAAUCCUCUUAGUAAAAAAGACCGGUUUUGUAACAUCUCGAUGGUUUUUAGCCGAUAUAACUCGUGGUCAAAUAUCAGUACCAUGUCCUUUGAUGAAAGCCGGAGAUAUGUUAAUUCAAUGAACAAUCAAUCAUGUGCCGACUUUAGGCUUCACGUAGAAUCAAGAAGAGGUAAUUCCUAUGCUCAAAUGGUUCCUUGGGGCAAUAAAGACGGGAAUACAUACAUCACUCCUGUUCUUGAUGCUCAUCCAAGGAACCCGUUUAGAGAAAAAGAUUUCCGACCACAAACAUGGAAUCAAGCAACACAAGCAUUAAGAAAGAGGAAGGAAGAAGUACGUAAAGUGGGCCAUGCCGUGCCUAAUGUUCAGUAUGCAGGAUCGGUCAUAACUGAGCCCCGUGAACACGAGGCACGAGACAUGACUGGAUAUGAGAAGUUCCCGAGCCAACCGCCUAAUGGAAAUUUGCAACAAGGAGUUUCAAGGAAGAUGCAAAUCUCGUCACCAGCUCAUAAUGGUAACACCCAAAAACAUGGGCAUGAUGUCAUGCACAACAGUAAAAGUCUAGAGUUGAAGCAAGAAGUUUCGGAAAAUACACCUGUGAAUGGUGUCCAUCGAAUGGACUCGCAAUCAGAAAAACGCUCAGCAGGAAGAACCGAUAAAAGCUCGGCGGCUGCUAAUGCGGAUGCUUUGAAAGAAACCUAUAUUGUACCGCUAGAUUCUAAAAAUUCUACUCAUUUACGAAAGAGGCUUAUGAGCAUUUAUGAGAAGGUUCUCGUAGUCGAUAACAUCUCCCUAGCCAAAGAAGUAGUCCGAAAACUUACGACUCAGUAUCGCCAUCUAGUCCAUGCAUGUGAUACCGAGGUGGCUGCGAUUGACGUGAAGCAAGAAACACCCGUUGAUCACGGAGAAGUUAUAUGCUUCAGCAUUUAUUCGGGGCAUGAAGCCGAUUUUGGAAACGGGAAGUCUUGUAUUUGGGUCGAUGUUCUUGACGGUGGCGGGAAGAGUAUGCUCGAUAUAUUCUCGGCCUUUUUCGAAAAUCCCUCGAUUAAAAAGGUUUGGCACAACUAUAGCUUCGAUAACCAUGUUAUAGAGAAUUAUGAUCUUAAACUUUCCGGUUUUCAUGCCGACACGAUGCAUAUGGCUCGAUUGUGGGAUUCUUCAAGACGGAUGUCGGGUGGGUAUUCGUUGGAAGCACUUACUAGUGAUUCAAAAGGAAUAAUGUCCGGAGCUGAUUUAGGUCCUAACGAAGAGUUGAUCGGGAAAGUAUCAAUGAAAAACAUUUUCGGCAGAAAAAAGCUGAAAAAAGAUGGUUCGGAAGGCAAAGUUGUCGUGAUUCCUCCCGUUGAAGUGCUUCAAAGGGUAGAACGGGUACCGUGGGUUUGUUAUUCGGCCUUAGAUUCGAUAAGCACUCUCAAGCUCUACGAAAGAUUGAAAAGUAAACUAUCGAAUCGGGAGUGGAAGUUUAACGGGGUUACGAAAGGAACAUUAUUUGACUUUUAUGAACAAUAUUGGCGUCCAUUUGGUGAGCUUUUGGUGAAAAUGGAAACCGAAGGGAUGCUGGUUGAUCGAGAUUAUCUCAUGGAGAUUGAAGAAGUUGCGAAAGCUGAACAGCAGAUUGCUGCUGAUCGGUUCCGAAACUGGGCUUCGAAGCAGUGUGCAGAUGCUAAAUUUAUGAACGUGGGGAGCGAUACGCAGUUGCGGCAGCUGUUUUUUGGUGGCAUUCUUAACAGCAAAGAUCCUUCUCAAUGUCUUCCAAUGGAGAAGGAGUUUAAAGUCCCUAACGUUGAUAAUAUAAUCGAAGAAGGCAAGAAAACGGCCACUAAAUUUCGUAAAAUUAAACUGAAAACGAUUUGUUCUGGUCUACAACCCGAAACUUACACCGCAUCAGGGUGGCCUUCGGUUUGUGGAGAUGUGUUGAAGAGCCUUGCCGGGAAGGUAUCUAUGGAUUACGAUUUUGUAGAUGAAGAGACGGCGGAAGUGGAUGAAAAUGCUGAUGAUCCUACCGAUAUCGAGUUAUCGGAGACGAAGAGCGUACCUUUCGUUAACAACUCGGAAACCGCUUAUGGCACGGCUUAUGCCGCAUUUGGAGGGGGCUCGGAAGGACACGAGGCGUGCCAUGCAAUUGCUGCAUUAUGUGAAGUUUGCUCGAUAGACUCGUUGAUAUCCAACUUCAUUCUUCCUUUACAGGGCAGCCAUAUAUCUGGCAGAAACGGGCGUAUUCAUUGUUCACUAAAUAUCAACACGGAAACCGGGCGUCUAUCUGCCAGGAGACCAAAUUUGCAGAAUCAACCGGCUUUAGAGAAGGACCGAUACAAGAUCCGUCAGGCAUUUAUAGCGGCACCGGGAAACUCUCUUAUUGUUGCUGAUUAUGGGCAGUUGGAACUCCGGAUUCUUGCACAUCUUGCGGACUGUAAAAGUAUGCUGGAUGCCUUCAAAGCUGGCGGAGAUUUCCAUUCAAGAACCGCUAUGAAUAUGUAUCCGUACAUCCGUGAUGCAGUUGAAAGUAAGGAGGUUCUUCUCGAGUGGCAUCCGCAACCCGGUGAAGAAAGUCCCCCGGUUCCGCUCCUAAAGGAUAUGUUUGCUUCUGAACGAAGAAAAGCAAAGAUGCUCAAUUUUUCCAUUGCGUACGGGAAAACCGCUGUUGGGCUUUCACGCGAUUGGAAGGUUUCGGUAACGGAAGCAAGAGAAACGGUUGCUCGAUGGUAUGGAGGUAGAGAAGAAGUGCUGAGGUGGCAAGAAGCACGUAAACGGGAAGCUCGAAAAAUUGGAUGUGUAUAUACAUUGUUAGGACGGGCACGUACGUUUCCGUCCACAAAAGACGCUAGUCCGUCUCAUAGAGGUCAUAUUGAACGAGCUGCUAUCAAUACGCCCGUUCAGGGAAGUGCGGCGGAUGUUGCUAUGUGUGCCAUGUUAGAAAUAUCGAAGAAUGCUCGACUGAGAGAGCUUGGAUGGAAGCUGCUUUUACAGGUUCAUGAUGAAGUAAUAUUGGAAGGGCCAUCGGAAUCAGCCGAUGUUGCAAAAGCAAUAGUUGUGGAGUGCAUGUCGAAGCCGUUUGAUGGCAAGAAUAUUCUCAAAGUCGGUUUAUCGGUUGACGCCAAAUUUGCCAAGAAUUGGUAUUCUGCCAAGUAGACACCAAAGUUUUGCUUUGUUGGUCGGCUUUUCAGCCGUUGUAGAGUAGUCUCGCUAAAGAUCCAUGUAUUGUAUAUAGUUUUUGGUAUGUAAAAAA